ACAUAAGCUCUCGUCCUCUCAUCCCCUCCCUACAACAGUGCCUAGAAGACCCCGAUUUCUUCUGAACUGAAGCACACACAAACACGCACUGAAAGGCAGAGGCUGUGGUGCUUGAGGCGGUGGUCGGGUGCACCUUUAUGGGUGCACCCAAGAUUAGCAUGUAAUUUACUCUCCUUGGCUUGGAGACCGCUGUGCAGUGAGGCGGUAGAGAGGGAAUUAUUAGCUUGGGGACUGGGGCUCGCGGUCGCAGUGUUGACGUUUUUGGAACGAACGUAACUGAUUUGAUACUUUUGGAUGUGCAAAGUACAAAUGGUACGACUCCCUCUAGAUCUGGUACUAAAUAGGGAGAUGGUAUUUUUGUUUUAUACACUGUGGAAAUAAAAUGAAUAGUGUCGUAAGGCGUAACAUACUGAUGUCCUGCCUGUGAUUUUUUUAUUAUAUUUAUUCAUUUUCUAUUUACAGAGCGAAUAUUAGUCGCGAUGCAGGGCUACUAACAGGUCAAGUACCCUUCUCUGGUGCGCGAGGAGGUACAGUUACAGUUUUAAAGGUAUGCAGACCAGCAAAUAAUGUUAUAUUUACUCAAUCUGGUACGUUUUGUUCUCAUUUGGUACUUUUUACUUGUGCAAUUUGGUAUUACUUCUUAAAACUGAGUGGCAACACUGCUUGCGGGGCAGUGACCUGUGAGGCCGUGGCGGAGGAGAGAGCAGGUAGAUAACUAUGAAUCUCGACGUAACACUGAGACUGAACUUGCUCUACACGUGACAGUGGUGGUAAUAGUGGCGGUGUCGGGGACUGUCCGUGCACGUGUAUACAGAACUACAGGUGACGCCGGUGUGAGAUAAGGCGAUGUUAGAAGCGCGGAGUUUCCUCGAUGAGGUCACGUAACGAAUUGAUGUGAUGGUGUUGAAUGUUGAGGAACUGUAUUACUUUGAUCUUUGAGCGGGAGAUUCUAUAGGACGUGACGUGCCUGUGUUAGUGUGGAUGAGCAGUGUUGUUUGGAUAGACAGUAUUGGCAAUCAUUUCGCCUCUUCGUCGCUCGAGGCCCCUGGCAGCAAGGUACAGGCCAAAGUCUAUAUAUACCAAGUCAAGUCACUCUGCCUUCAAAACUGCGACCAGCACGCGCAGGGGGAGGUUUGGGGCGGAGCAGCGGGAUGACGUCACUUGAAGCCAAUUCAUAGGUGACUAAAGUUGCGGCCGUGUGUGCACUUUGGAAAAGCAUUCUCGUCUUCUUUAACCGCGCAUUCAGGAAAGCCACUGACGAAAAAAUAUGCCUUUUUUAUAAUUUUGCUAUGCGUGACAGUAAUUACAAUGCCUACAAACGGCGGUGUGGGGUGUGAGAGGGGUCAUGUUGAAGUGAUUGAUUUAAAUUAGUCCGCCUUUUUUCGUUUUCUCUAGAUCCCUGUUUCUACAUUCUCUAGUUUGGGUCCAAGCAACGUCACGCAUAAGCCACGCCUCUGAAUUGUCUCUUCCAACAAAGCUGCGUAUAGCUUGACUUGGUAUAUAUAGACUGUUAUAGGCUACAGAGUAUGUGGUCACGGGCCCCCUGGAGCAAAAGAAAACGGGCGCGUCUCAAACUGAUCACACCAUGCGGGUCAAAGUCAGACGCCUGAUAACAAUAAACACAAGGCGUGUACGACGCUCAUCAGCAUUCAAAAGCACGACACAGUGAUUAGAAGCAACAUGAUGACUUAACGAUUGCCGGCUUGCCUGCAUGACUGAGGCUAAGCAGGAGUGUAGCAGCAGUAGGAGUUACGGCAGGAGGAGGAGAGGUGGGGUGUGCACUGACAGUACAAAGAGGGAAGCCAUGACUGCUACAACCACAGUGGCAGAAGGUGCGGCAGGGGCAAAGGAGUGCCAGGAACGCAGCAGAGGAAAAGGAGAUGAGUGCCAGGACACACACGGCAAAGAAAUACACCGGGAUGACGUUGACAACUGCUGUGGUGAUGGCGGCGCAAGAGGUGGUGAGGACAAGACACCCCCAAAACACCACCACCACAGCAAGAGUCGCCACCGCCUCCAGAGCAGAGGGGACGAGGCCGCCUACAAGCUUGUGCCGCCCGACGGAGGCUGGGGCUGGAUGGUGGCGCUGGGCACCUUCAUCAUCACGUCGCUGCUGCCGAUGCUGGGGCGCUGCUUCGGUGUGCUGUUUUCUGAGUACCUGCUGGGGGAAGGCUCCUCCUCCACCUUAACCGCCUGGAUCUUCAACGCCCAAGGCUUUCUCUGGAACGCGAGCGGUUUUUUGACGCGGCCACUCACGCAGGAGUUCGGGUGGCGCGCCGUGGCCCUGACUGGCUCCACGCUGGCCGCCGCGGGAAUCAUGAUCUCCGCCUUCACCCCAAGCCCCGUCUUUCUCUUCUUCUCCUUCUCCUUGUUGUCAGGGGUCGGCGGCGGCCUGGUGCACUGCCAGUGCUUAACCAUCCUGCCGCACUACUUUGCACGGCGCCGAGGUCUCACCAACGGCAUCGUGAUGAGCGGCAUCUGCAUGGGACAGUUGAUGGGGCCGCCCUUGGCCCGCUUUCUGCAGGAUUCCUACGGCUUCAGGGGCGCCACGCUCAUCAUCGGGGCCCUGUUGCUCAAUGCCUGCGUCGGCGCCUCCUUCUUCCACCCUCCCGAGUGGCACCAGAAGAAGGUGCUGGUGGAGGAGGAGCCGCAUGUGGACACACCGGCCCUGCCCACCAAGGACAAGACCGUCGGCCCGCCUGACCUAACCAACGACCUGGUCCACACGCCCUCUGAGGCAUCCUUCUCUGGCGGCGCCGCGGAAGGGGAGAUCGAUGGCAACCUUGCGGUAAGGGAGAAGCUUCUGGAGGGUCUUGGAGACCAAAGGGCGAGCUGCUCCUCCUCCAGGCGGUCGUCGAGGUACAACUCCAAGUUGAGUCUUUCCUUCAUGGACGUGGGGAGCCUCACAGCCCUGCCGGUGGAGGACGAGCCAGAGGAGGAGGAUAACGAGGAGGGGCGGAGGGAUGUCCUUCCCGUGAGGGUCAUGAAGUCAAUCAAAGGUGACCUAGGUGCUCUGAGGUCCCUGAGGGUGUGUCUCCUGUGUCUGGCUGUGACGUUGACUUUCAAUGGCAUCCUCAACUUCCUUAUGAUGGUGCCCUUCGCCAUGUUGGAAGCGGGUUUCUCCCUCGACGCCGCGGCCUGGUGCCUCUCCGUGUCCGCGGGAUGCAAUCUGGCGACGCGCUUCCUCGUCGGCGCCUACUCCGACUGGCGGCACUCCAACAACAGACUCGUUUAUAAAUGUAGCUUCGUGAUCAUCGCCGCCCCAGUCCUCGCCUUCCCUCUCCUCAAGUCGGUGGAAGGACAGAUGGCGGCCAUGAUGGUGUUCGGGAUCGGCGUCGGGGCCAAUAUGACCCUCUUUAACAUCGUCAUUAUCGACGUGAUGGGCCUGGACCACCUCAGCACCGUCUUCGGCACCGCCUGUUUGUCAGUAGCCGUUGGGUCCAUCUGUCUCGGUCCUUUUAUAGGCAUCAUGAGGGACGUGACGCAGAGCUACUCCGUCAGCAUGUGGAUCAUUGGCGGCAUGGUGCUAGUAGGGUUCAUAGUCUGGUUCUUCAUGGGCCUGGCGGAGAGGGUGGACCGCCGCAGGGAGGACGGUAAGGCACUGAAGGAGGCGCUGCGGAAGACAUAACGGGGAAGAGAGGGAUGGAAAUGAGAUUCAAGACAAUGAAGCUGAGAUCUGAUUCUGUUGUUAUUAAGUGCGCAGAGAAGGAAUGCGUGAAGAAGAUGAGGGAGAAAGAAGGGAAUCAAUGAAAUUAACUUGCGAUCCGAUUUCACUUUUAUUGCUAGCAACCAAAAAGAAUCUCUCAAGAAAUAUGAGGGAGAGAGGGAUAUGAUUGGGAUUCAGGACCGCAAACUUGAUAUCUGACCCUAUUACUUACAUGAUGUGAAAAAAAGGCAUUACUAUUUUUUUUAUACUAUGUGACAUGCAACAGAUUUGUACUCAUAAAUUAAUAAUAAGAGAAAAGUGUGUGGCAGGGUAAUAUAAUAAUGAUGUUGUAUACGAAGAGAUUUACAUAUAUUUACAGAGAAAAUCAGGCCACACAGACCCCAUGGUCGUUGCAUUUCAACUCCAGUUGACAUUAAGUUGAAGGAAGUGACGGUCGAGCUUGUUUUUGAAGGAAUCAAUCGUGUUACGCUGGACCACUGAUGGUGGGACCCUUCCUCUAUACCAUUAAACUAAAAAACACUUAUUAAACUCCGAUUGAUCUCCCUUUUGACCUUUGGAAGCAGUUGAUAUGAGAGACAAUACCGUCUUGUACAUCCUCCUUUCUGUAAUAGUUACCUCUGAAAUAGGAGAAAAUAAGACCUUCGUAGAAAACUAUGCAUUUUGAGGGUAACAAAAGGAAAGAUAAAAGAAUAGUGACCUAGGUGUUACAAAGUGCUACUCGUUGAAUAUAGACUUAAUUAAAGACUGAUUAAGAAGAAGAAAAGAAGAAACGAAGAAGAAGAAGAAGAAGAAGAAAGACUUGCAUAUGGUUGAAGAGAAGCAGAGAAAUUAGAAUGAAAUAAAAUAAACGAAAAAUGAACA